UGACAGACGCAGACGUCUGCUGGGCUUUGUCUGAUCUGCAUUUGUUUUCAUUGAUUGAUCAUGUUCAGUCUGUGUUUGUGGGGACUUGGAUCUGUGUCUGUCAGUGCAGUGUGUAUUGGCCUAUAACCGAUGUCCUGACUUCAGUUUAGCUCUAUUCACCAAAUCUAAUCAAACUCUCAGGGUGGAGUCCAAAGCCCUCCACAAUCUAUUCAGCUCUAGACAACAGCAAACUAAAAAAUGUGGGAGUUUCAUAGUCAUUUAGAUUCGGACUCCAUUAUACUCAGUAUUACAUGCCUGGGAUUAGGAACGGGAAUCUUCUCAAUUUGAUCUGGGAGACUCUUAUGUCUUUUUGGUGAUCAGAGGAGACCAUCAUGAUGAAAUCUAACGGAUCCCUCCUCAUCCUCAUCGGCUGUCUGCCUUUAGCAGUGUUGUCCUUGACAUGCUACACAUGCAUGUUUCCAGCCAUCUCUCCUCUGGACUGUCUGAAGUUCCCCCAGGAGUGUCCCGUGGGCCAGAGAUGUCUUGCCAGCACAGCUGUAGGAGUUAAAGGGUCAGUGUCCAUUGUCCUGUACGAGCGGAGCUGUGCCCUGCCCUCACAGUGUGACCAGAGCGGAGAGAAACAGGCCGCAGGAAUAAAGUUCAACUACACCAAUGAGUGCUGUGACACGGAUCUCUGCAACACUGCUGCACCCAUCAGCUCCCCCCGCUGGACCGGAGCAGUGCUGCGCCUCUGUGGUCUGGCUCUCCUGCUCCAGCUGGGAUGAGCAGCUCUGGCUCUCACACGAGGUGCUACGACACCAUCAGCAAAGGAUGACGUUCAGAAACACCACCACAUACCAACACCGUCGGUUUAAAACCAAUGCAUCCACUCAAAUUUGACAUGCACACAAGACUGAAACUGUAAGUCCCUCUACGCACUUUCUUGCAAACGCCUUGCUUGAAGGGAAGUGCCUGCAACCACACACACACACACACACACACACACACACACACACACACACACACACACACACACACACACACACACACACACACACACACACACACACACCCACUGAGUCAAGGCUCAUGAGAAUGAGUCAUGCAUGCUCAAAAUACUGAAACUCUUCUUCUAAAUAUAAAACCCACACAACUGCUAAAUCUAACAGUUUGCUUAAUUUUUGCUGUAAAUACUAAUGACAGUAACUUUUUUUGUCAUUUUUAUUGAUUCUAGAAACAUUAAUGCAUAUUUUUCAUAUGGACAGACUGUGUUCCAGAGGCUGUGGAGCACAUAACUAUAUUUGAAACUUAUUUUUCAAGUUUUUUUUUUUACUCUUUGAAUUAAUCUAACAAUAUAUAUUAUAUUAAACCUGAUCUAAAAAUGAAGGCUCAAGAAAAAAUGUACUCAGCAUUUAUUUUUAUUUGAACUUUAUUAUAAACUGUAUUGCUGAAUAACAAUGUUAGAAAUGCAGGAAGAAAGUGACUUUGUUGUAACAUCCCUCUAAUCAAUAAAAUCCUAACUAAUCAA